UGGUGGUGGCUGCAGCAGUGGGCGGGGCGGCAGGGAAGUGUACGCCAGGGUAACCAGGUCCCCGCCGCCACUGCUUCCGGGACAGUCCUAUUUACCUUUUCAUCAUUGCCGUGCGCCGCGGGCUGUACCGGCUCUGACGGUGCCGGAGCAGGACGUAUUCUCAUGGUGGGGGCCGGCUGCAAGUAAGUCACCUCAAUGGAUGCAGACAGUGAUGUGGCAUUAGAUAUCUUAAUUACCAAUGUUGUCUGCGUGUUCCGAACAAGAUGCCAUUUAAACCUGCGGAAGAUUGCAUUAGAGGGGGCAAAUGUCAUCUACAAGCGUGAAGUUGGAAAGGUUUUGAUGAAACUCCGAAAACCCAAAAUAACUGCAACGAUCUGGUCAUCAGGAAAAAUAAUUUGUACAGGAGCGACCAGUGAAGAAGAAGCCAAAUUAGGUGCUAGAAGAUUGGCUCGUUCUCUGCAGAAGCUUGGAUUUUUGGUAAAAUUCACUGAGUUUAAAGUUGUCAAUGUGCUGGCAGUGUGCACUAUGCCUUUUGAAAUAAGACUACCGGAAUUUACGAAAAAUAACCGACCUCAUGCCAGUUAUGAACCUGAACUUCACCCUGCCGUUUGCUAUAGGAUAAAGUCUUUAAGAUCGACACUGCAGAUCUUCUCCACCGGAAGUAUUACAGUCACAGGUCCAGAUGUGAAGUCCGUUGCUACCGCUGUAGAGCAAAUCUACCCUUGUGUAUUUGGAAGCAGGAAACAAAUUUUGUAAAUAACCACUUCUGCAUUGAGAUUUUAUGACCAUGCACCUUUUUUUAAGAAGACAUCUAAAGCAGGCAUGCUCAACCUGCGGCCCUUCAGCUGUUGCAAAACUACAACCCCCAGCAUGCCCGAACAGCCUACAGCAGGGCAUUGUGGGAGUUGUAGUCUUACAACAGCUGGAGGGCCGCAGGUUGCGCAUGCCUGCUUUAGAUGUAAAGAAAUCUAACUUGAUCAGAUAAAUAGGACCAACAAAGGGACAACUCUUUAUAUUACCCGCCGUCUAUCACAGUGUUCAGACUCUGCAUCCAGAGACGUUUCUG